AUGGCUCUACAGGACCUGAAUGCACGGCUUGGAAAGAAGCCAGAACCACUGGAGGAGUGGCCAACUCUCUUUGAUGAGGAGGGCAGUGGUUCACACUCUUCAAACCCCUUGGAUGUCCCCUUACAUACACCUUCGAAACCCCCAGACGACAUGGAGACGAAGUCUGUCCAACAGUCGACCGACUCCCUUCCUAACGUCUAG